CUUAACAACGCUGAAGUGGCUGAGCUCAUGGCACUCGUUUUCUUUGAUUUGGAAACCACGGGUCUCGGACGCUCGUGUGAGAUUGUCCAGCUGGCGGCAGUGAGUGGCCAUCAUGCCCUAAACCUUUAUGUGGUUCCUCGCUGCAGGAUAGAGCCCAAUGCUAGCAAAAUAACAGGUUUCACAGUAAAGCAAAAUCGUCUCUUUCUCCACGGCAAGCCCGUGUCUACCAUCUCCCUCCGAGAGGUGCUGAUGCGUUUCAUCGACUUCAUCCGCAUGCUGUGCCGCCCGUUACUCAUGGGCCACAACAUCAAACGGUUUGACUGUCCGGUACUGGCCCGAGCGCUUGACGAGUUUCAUUUGAGGGAUGAGUUUCAGUCUGUGGUAGGUGGGUUCGUGGACACUCUCCCACUUGCACGUCAGCUUCUUAAAGACAAUGGCCUAAAGAGUUUUAGCCAGGAGAACUUGGUAAAGGAAGCUCUUGGCACUUCCUAUGCAGCCCAUAACGCUUUAGAAGAUGUCAAGGCGUUGCAGAAACUCUAUAGUGCCCUUAAACCUACAGCCAAUGAGAUUAGGCGGCACAUCUUCACCAUGGACAUCAUAGGGAUCCCUCUGCAGAAAGUUCGACCUGCAAAGAAGGAGCCCACAAAGUUCCUGGAUGAGCAGAUCUUUCCUGAGCAUUUUAGUAAACCUGUGAAUGUGAACUGUCAUUCAGGCAGUUCAGCCAGUGGAUUGCUGGAAAGCACUUUAGGCCAACUCCUGGUGUUUUUAAACGUGCUAUAUGAAUAA